ACGGAGGAGAUAAAGAGAGUUGGUGGACAGCUCAAAAAAACCAAUUUAAAAUACCGGUCAUCAAACACGACACACACACUUUCGCUCUCUAAAAUCAAUUUCCUCUUGCCCAAGAUCGUAUCGAAAGAUCACAGGGUAUAAUUGAUAAUACUUAUCAAUUGUGAAAGAGUUUUGGCUCUUGCUUACUUGUUGAUUUUGAAAGAUGGCAUACGGCGAAUGGUCCAUUGAGAAAAGAGCUGGUCUUAGAAAUGAUUCUUUCUCAAGGGACACUGAAGUUCCUGAAACUGGAUGUCUCUCCAUUAUUGUGCUCGGUGCUUCGGGUGAUCUUGCCAAGAAAAAGACUUUUCCGGCCCUAUUCAACCUUUACCGGCAGAAAUUCUUGCCACCAACUGAAGUUCAUAUUUUUGGCUAUGCAAGGACCAAGAUUUCGGAUGAUGAGUUGAGAAAUCGCAUACGCGAAUAUCUUACCCAGGGCAAAGGUGUUUCUUCAUCAGUGCACUCGGAAGAUGUAUCAAAAUUUCUGCAGUUGAUCAAAUAUGUAAGUGGCUCUUAUGAUACAGAGGAGGGUUUUCGUGCAUUGGACAAGGAAAUAUCUGGGCAUGAACUCUCAACGAAUAGUGCAGAAGGAUCAUCUCGAAGACUUUUCUACCUUGCCCUUCCUCCAUCAGUAUAUCCAUCUGUCUGCAAGAUGAUCAGGAAUUGUUGCAUGAAUAGCUCUGACCGUGGUGGAUGGACAAGGAUUGUUGUAGAGAAGCCUUUUGGAAAGGAUUUGGAUUCGGCAGAGCAACUGAGUACCCAUAUUGGGAAGCUAUUUGAAGAACCACAGAUUUACCGUAUUGAUCAUUACCUGGGAAAGGAAUUGGUGCAGAACUUGUUGGUGCUUCGUUUUGCAAAUCGCUUCUUUAUGCCGCUUUGGAAUCGUGACAACAUUGCUAACGUACAGAUUGUGUUUAGGGAGGAUUUUGGAACUGAAGGUCGUGGUGGAUAUUUUGAUGAAUAUGGAAUUAUCCGCGAUAUUAUUCAAAAUCACCUACUGCAGGUUCUUUGCCUGGUUGCCAUGGAGAAGCCUGUUUCUCUUAAACCUGAACACAUUCGGGAUGAAAAAGUUAAGGUUCUUCAAUCCGUAAACCCAAUUAAAGAUGAAGAGGUUGUUCUUGGACAAUAUGAAGGCUAUACAGAGGACCCAACUGUUCCUGACAACUCGAACACUCCCACUUUUGCAACUGUCAUUCUGAGGAUACACAAUGAAAGAUGGGAAGGUGUUCCUUUUAUACUAAAGGCAGGGAAAGCAUUAAAUUCAAGAAAGGCGGAAAUACGUAUUCAAUUUAAAGAUGUUCCUGGUGAUAUAUUUAAAUGUAAAAAGCAAGGAAGAAAUGAAUUUGUAAUUCGUCUGCAGCCUUUAGAGGCCAUGUACAUGAAGCUUACGGUCAAGCAGCCUGGGCUGGAAAUGUCUACUGUUCAAAGUGAACUAGAUUUGUCAUAUGGGCAGCGGUAUCAAGGGGUUACCAUUCCUGAGGCUUAUGAACGUUUAAUCCUUGACACAAUUAGGGGUGAUCAGCAACAUUUUGUGCGCAGAGACGAGUUAAAGGCGGCUUGGGAGAUUUUUACGCCACUUCUGCACGGCAUAGAUAGGGGAGAAUCCAAGCCGAAACCUUACAAGCCAGGUAGCCGAGGUCCAACUGAAGCAGAUGAGUUGCUGGAACGAGCGGGUUAUGUUCAAACGCAUGGCUAUAUAUGGAUCCCUCCCACCUUGUAACAUAGCAUACCGCCUCUAUAAAUAAUCUUCCAGUUGCUGUAUGAGCCUGGGGUUUUGUUAGAGCCCACUUGUAACAGUUUAUAGAUGUUGCAUGCCUCCAUAAAAUAUAUAGAUCAGUACGCUGCUUGGUUAAUAUGCCACGGAAAUGUCCUGUUGAAAUUUUUUAACCUUAAUGGGCUGUUCAUUUAGAACAUGAGCUCAGGUGUGGUGUGUAUUGCUAUUCAGAUGUAAUAAAAUGUGUUCCAAGCCAAUGCAAGUGAAUUUGGAUUA